AUCCACUUCCUGUUCAAGGCGGCUCAGAUCCCUCCCUCUUGCUUCUAUUUGUCUGUGACCCUUAUCCCUUUUUAUAUAACCUGCAAGUCCUUCCCCUCCCAACUACGUUCACGGAAUAGUAAGGAAGGUUCAGCCCGUGGAAUUCUUUCUAACUCUGCAAUUCUGCGGUUGGUAAGGACGAAAGUAAAAGCAGGUGAUUCCUGAUCUACUCACCAGAAUCUAGCCGGAGACACUAAGUUUCACUCAAGUCUCCACUUCCAUAGCCUUACAUACGCAUUUCUAAUGGCUAAUGAGGCUCAGCCUUGCCCGUGUGACAUUGGGCAUAAGAUUGAAUAUGGAGGCCUGGGACAUGAAGUGCAAAUUGAACACAUCAAGGCUUAUGUUAGCCAACCACCAUCAAAAACAGACAAAGCUGUGAUUGUGGUUCAAGAUAUUUUUGGCUGGGAGUUGCCCAACACCAGAUAUAUUGUGGAUAUGAUUGCAGCCAAUGGAUACACAGCAAUCUGCCCAGACUUCUUUGUAGGGAAAGAACCUUGGCACCCAUCUAAUGACUGGUCUACCUUUGAGGAAUGGAGGAAAACAAGAAAUCCUAGAAAUACUGAUAAAGAGGCCAGUGUUAUUCUUAAGUAUCUGAAAGAGAAGUGUCAUGCCCAGAGAAUUGGUAUUGUUGGAUUCUGCUGGGGUGGAAUUGUUGUACAUGAUUUAAUGAUGCAAUAUCCAGAAUUAAAAGCAGGAGUCUCAGUUUAUGGCAUUAUCAGAGAUUCUGAAGAUGUAUAUAGUUUGAAGAAUCCUACACUCUUUAUUUUUGCAGAGAAUGAUGCUAUAAUUCCUCUAGAGCAAGUCACUUUGCUGACACAGAAGCUGAAAGAACACUGCAAGGUUGAUUAUCAAAUUAAAGUAUUUCCUGGGCAGACUCAUGGGUUUGUGCAUCGUCAGAGAGAAGAUUGGAAUCCUCAAGAUAAACCACAUAUUGAAGCAGCAAGGAAGGAUCUAAUAAACUGGCUGAACAAGUAUAUUUAGCCAUUAGCAAGAUAGACUUUUUCAAAUUAAUCUUUUCUCUAAAAUUGUUUGUAAUUUUAAUUUCCCAAAUUCAGGCUAUUAAAAUGAAUUUUACCUGGAAAUUAUUUUUAAAAA